GCUUAUGUUACCUUUGUUCACGCGCGUGACAAUGUCAUUAAACAUUCGUGCCAGUGUUGAUCUAGACUGUGUCUACGAUACGACUGAUCGUUCACGUUGUUCCGCGCUGACCCGCAGAUUCUAUUCAGGUUCUGAAAAUCGAAUCGCUGCGCUCUUGGUAAGAGGCACGUUGCGGCCACAAAAAUCCUUGCGCUUCCAUCCGCCACGGCCGGCCUGUAUAGAGUUAUGCUGCGGGAUGUGGUGUGCAGUACAUUCAAAAAGCUAACCUCAGCUGCGCGCUGAACAUAAGCGCGAUGCUCCUCCUCCACCAGACGGGGUCGGUUCAUGUCGGCGAAGUUGUGAGAUACACCUUGACAUAUACUCCCAGCCUCGACCGCAUUCUUCCCCCUCCGACGCACCUCCACGUCAAGAUCAAGAACACUUCGGCCAUCCCACUACGAGCCGCUUAUCUUCAUGGUCCAUAUACCCUCUACGUUGCCUGUUACCCUUCAACGUUCAACCCGUACCAGAAGCAUGAGGCAAUCAAGGAAGAGGGCGCACCGGAGUACGAACCACAAUUGAAGGCAGGCGGCCACUGGACUUCGAGAUUGACGGUACCUGAAGAGACGCGAGGCGAUGCGUUGCAUACCGAGAGCAAGCGCAAUGGUGAGCGGAAGAGUUUUACAUGGAUCAUAGAGGUGGCUUCGCAGAUUAUCUUCUCCAAGACUGCCAGCGUGCACUACGAGUUACUGGUGGGGAGAGACCAGAAGUCGGUGGACUCGGGACUUCAUGGUGUUGUCGGCUCGGGUCAACGAGUCCCUGGCCGAUUGGAAGAUCACCAGCAAGGCCGGUCAAGAAAUGCCGCACAAUCUAAGGGCGUCUUCUCCAAGGCUGUCAGGUUGGCCGUCGACGACACCGAGAGCCUCUGGAACACUCCGCCUUUUCCUUCUUGGGACGAUAAUGGCGACGUGAAAGUGGAACAAGGGCCGCAACAUGGUGACAAGCGAGACCAUGCUGCGAAAAAGGACAAAAAGCAACGAAAGCAGAAAAAGAUCCACCUCGUCCUACUUACUCAUGGGUUGCACAGCAAUCUCGGUGCCGACAUGUUGUUCAUGAAAGAGACAAUCGAUACGACAGCUAAGAUAGCGCGCGAAGAUGCCAAGAAAAGGCGCGCUGAAAGGAGAGCCGAACGCAUGGCAGAGGCGAACAAAUUUGGAAGAGAUCGCAUAGAUCAAAAGUCAAAAUCCGUACCGGAGCCUGCUGUGUCGGGCGGCGAAGGUGAUGCAGAAGAGGAGACAGACGACGAGGACGAACAAGUCAUCGUCCGCGGCUUUAAUGGCAACGCCGUGAGAACCGAACGCGGCAUACAGUAUCUGGGCAAACGAUUCGCCAAAUAUGUGCUCUCAAUCACAUAUCCUGACCAACCCUACCUCCCUGUCAAAAGCUCCAUUGGCAGAUCUUUGACGAAGUCUCUUCCGGGCGUACAGUCGAAGCCACCACCCGGAACACAAUUGACUCACAAAAACAGUAGCAUCGUCAAGGAUGAGGGUCAUCGAAAUCAUAAUCUUGCUUACAGGAUAACGAGCAUCAGCUUUAUCAGUCACUCUUUGGGUGGGUUGAUACAGACUUACGCCAUCGCCUAUAUUCAGAAGCAUUCACCGGACUUUUUUGACAUAAUCAAGCCUAUCAACUUCGUGGCCAUGGCUAGUCCUUUCCUCGGUCUGAGCAAUGAAAAUCCGGUCUACGUCAAAUUUGCGCUUGAUUUCGGCCUUGUGGGCAGGACCGGGCAAGAUCUCGGAUUGACGUGGCGGCCACCUACCAUUGCGAAGAAUGGAUGGGGUGCAGUCAUCGGCAGCCUUACCAAUGACUCACAAAAGGCACAGAGGGAGCAUGAUCCCGGCGCAAAGCCCCUACUUCGCAUACUUCCUACCGGCCCAGCUCACGUCGCACUCAAGAAGUUCAGAAACAGAACAGUGUAUUCAAAUGUUGUCAACGAUGGAAUAGUUCCACUGAGGACGUCGUGCCUGCUCUUCCUAGAUUGGAGAGGUCUAGGACGCGUCGAAAAAGCCAGGAGGGAAAGUGGCUUGGUGGGCACGAUGGUAGAAUGGGGCUGGCACGAGAUGACUGGGCAGAAUGCAAGCGCAGUCCGAAAACCGAUAGGCUGGAAUGACCUCUUUGGAGACAGCGCCGAUGAAGUGAGCAGUGAGAGGAACUCUUCACCGGACCCAGGAGCAAGUGUACCUCAAGCUGAGGCCAGUCAGGGCUUCGACUAUGAGCAGAGGGUCAACUCGAAAGGACAACCGCCCCUUGACAAGGCACAUUCUGGCACCGGCGGACAGCUUUCUCAGGAAAGCUCAGAAACAUCGGCGACUAACUUAUGGUCCGGGCUUCUGAAUUUGUUCAAGCCACAUGCGGGUGAGCAGAAGCCGGCACCAAAAGUACCACGGAAGGCACAGAAGAUAUACCAUCGUGGACAGACGAUGCACCAACUCGAACAAGACUCAGAAACAAGCUCUCAAGAAGAUAAUCACUUGUCCGUCAAUCAUGCGGAAGAACAGCGUGGCGGAAGCACAGACGGACGAUCGUCUUUGGUCCGGGGGUCAUCCCUCUACACGAAUACGUCUGGAAACCCCGAAGUCGAGGCACCACCCAAAACGACAUUCUUCGAAUCUGCGGGGGAUCUUCUCAACCCUCCGUUGCCACCUAAAGAAUUUAUACUAAAUCCAUCGACUCGACCAAGAACCAUCUUCCACGAUCGUGUAUAUCACCCAACAGACAUUCCACCACCGCCUGCAAAACGCCAAAGGACGCUCAUGCCAAGACGAACUUCUGCGCAACAAACAUUCCAACACGCUCCAUCACCUCUGAACGACGACGCUCGACGUGGAUCCAUUCAGUCAACCGCUUCCAAUCCCGAGCCUGGCUCGAUGAGGAUUGAAGAGAAGAUCGCUCGAGCAUAUCACAAAGACCUUUCGUGGCGGAAGGUUCUUGUUCGCCUUGAGCCAGACGCACACAACAAUAUGAUUGUACGGCGAAUGUUCGCCAAUGCUUACGGCUGGCCUGUGGUGAAGCAUAUGUGCGAUACUCACUUUGCGUACACCGCCGCAGCACAGACCCGGGACGAGGAUGAACCGGCUGUGGAGCGGGCCAUCGAAGAUGAGUCAGAGUUCCGAGCCGUUGGCGAGGAAGUCAAAGGUCAGACUGACCUGCCGCCCGAAGAAGUUGAAGACGAGAACAUGAAAGAGCAGGAGAAGCACUCUGGACCACAGCGGGCACAGACUGACGAUGAGGUCGCUGCUACGUCUGCCAGUCCACAAUCCCCUAACGGAAACAAAAUGCCUACGAGAUGGAAAGUGCAAGAUCGGUUACGCCCGGAACGUGCGCGAACAGAAUCUGAAAUCCGCGAGUCAAGAGAUGAUGUCUCGGAGCUCCUCUCCAAGAUCAGCGCCGCUGGGGAGAGCAGCAAGGAUGCGAGUUACAGUAGUAUGAACUCGAGCCGGGCUGCAUUGUCGCGAUUGGCAAGAUCAGAUAGCUCCCGCUGGAGCGAUCGAUUCUUCGAGGGCAGCGACGAUGGUGAAGAAGAAGACGAGGACGAUCCUCUUGUCGAGGAAUUGCGCAAGGCUGAGCGGAGGGGUGAACUAGACAACGCGAGCGACUCGACUAUCACCAGCCCUAAAAUCGCCACGGUACUAACAUCGAGUCCGCAGAGUACAAGGUUGAAUCUGGCAAAAGAUAAAGACAGGGAUGUUGGUGCUGGUGAGGAUGAGCGUUUGGUUACAGAGCCAGAAACGCCCCUGACUGCGGAGCCGGCGGAAUUAGAACCUCUUUCCCACUCGUCGGGAGCGAACACGCCAAGGCAGGAACAGAGUGAGGAGCUGGCGCCGAGCGCGGUACCGACGAGCACCGGGGCAGGGCUGGGGCUGUCGUUGGCUGAAAGUGCAGGAGCUUCUCGUGCCGGUGUGGUUCCACCUGUGCAUGGUGAAGGUGAUGAUACAGAUGCUGGUCAAAGACCACUAAGUCGAGGUGUCGCAGAGCAAGUUGCACUGGCCAAGGCGAAGGGUGAGACGCGCAACGAGGGCGAAGAUUAAUGCAGCUAAUGAGUACAUUCUAAAUUUAAUGUUGUUUGACAAGAC